AGCAGCACUGAUGCUUCAAAUAUACGUUUUUGUAUGUUCUGAUAUUUCCGAUUCAGAAGAAGAUUUAUGGAGCAGAUGUCAGUGACCAAACAGGAGACAAGUGUUCAUGUGUGAGUGGUGAAGAAAAUAUGUAACUUGAUCUCGCAGGGAUUGGGCAAGAUUAACAUGGGUGGGAGUUCCAGACAAAGGCUUUGAGAACCUCCUCACUCUCUCUCUCUCUCUCUCUCUCUCUCUCUCUCUUUCUCUAUAUUUCUCUCUCUCUGUUACACACUCUUGUAGUACCAUAUACGCUCGCUCAACCGGGUUUUGAUGCUCACAUCUGGACUGAAGUUGGAGGACUCAAGAGCCACCCUCAGCAGGAUUACACUUGCUCGGUGAGAUGAUUUGGAAAACAGCUUUGCACUAUGCUCGGUUCUGGCUCUUCCUGGCUUUAGUGUCCAGCCAGCUCACUGAAGAACAGAAGGAGCAGAUCUUGGAUUUGCAUAACCAGUACCGCUCCAUGGUCAUUCCUGAAGCUGCUGAUAUGCAACACAUGACGUGGGAUGAUGCGCUCAGUUUGGUGGCUGAAGAUUACGCUGCUAAAUGCAUUUGGGAUCACAACCCAGAAGUAAUCGACGAUUAUGGAGAAAACCUGUUCCUCACCACUGGCAAGCUGAACGUCAGCAAAUCCAUUGCUAGCUGGUUUGAUGAACACAAUAAUUAUGACUAUGAUACCAACACAUGCAGGUCAGGUAUGUGUGGACAUUACACACAGUUGGUGUGGGCGGGCAGCAGAAUUGUCGGCUGUGCAUCACACUUCUGCCCUACGGUUCAGAAAAUAGCCUAUAGAAACGCAACAAUUCUGGUCUGCAACUAUGAUCCAGCAGGGAAUGUAAAGGAAGAAUUGCCGUAUGAAAAAGGACCUCCUUGCUCCAAAUGUCCAACAGGGAUGGACGAUUGUAUAAAAAAUGCCUGUGCUGAAAUAAAAAGUACAACGGAGGAACCCUUAACCGGAUGGACGACGGACACGUGGACAACAGACACCUGGACGACAGACACAUGGACGACAGACACAUUGACAUCGGAUGCAACGAUCGUGCUGUCAUCGGGAUAUAGCGAUCUCGCUGGGAGUUUACUGCUGCUCGCGGCUCUGAUUCUGUCGUUUCUAUUCUAAAUAUCCAUGAAUCUUGGAUGACUUUUCUCAGACAAGUUCCUCCUGCCUUCUUGAAUCAUGGGUACUAGACCUUCACAAACCAGAGCGCUCGUAUCUCAUAUUAGCGACUGUUUUUGACCCGCAAAAGAUCAUAUUUAGCGGGUUUGGAUGUAAACAGGUGUAAACGCUACAGCAUGUGUGAUUUCUUUUCUUUCUUUUUUUUUUUUUAUCAGAGAAGAAAAACUGUAUGAAGAGAAAAAAAUCUAGUGAGCUAACAGAGAACACAAAUGAAACAUAAAAACACAGAUUUUUACAAAUUUCUCCAUGAGAGUCCUCAACAAGAGUUCUCCACCGGAGUUCUCCACGUGAGUUUUCCACAAGAUUUCUCCACAAGAGUUCUCUACGAGAGUUCCCCACGAGAGUUCUCCAUGAGAAUCCUCAACGAGAGUUCCCCACUAAAGUUCUCCACAAGAGUUCUCCACGUGAGUUCCCCACGAGAGUUUUCCAUGAGAAUCCUCAACAAGAGUUCCCCAAGAGAGUUCCCCAAGAGAGUUCUCCACAAGAGUUCUCUAUGAGAGUUCUCCACGAGAGUUCUCCAUGAGAAUCCUCAACGAGAGUUCCCCACGAGAGUUCUCCACGAGAAUUCUCCAUGAGAAUCCUCAACGAGAGUUCCCCACGAGAGUUCCCCACAAGAGUUCUCCAUGAGAAUUUACAACGAGAAUUCUCCACAAGAUUUCUCCAUGAUUUUAUUUACUAAGAUAUACAUUUAGCUCGGUUCCUCAAAGCCACAUUAAAAAGUCACACUGAAAGCUCGCAAUAAUAUUUCCUCUACAAAAAAGUGUUUUUCAGACAUUUAUACGAUCGUUAUUUGCCAUCUGGCUGUGCCGUGUACUCUGUCUCGUCUUCUGAGGUGCACAUCAUCUUUCAGACUAGCAAUGCAUGCACACACCCUCGUAGCAACCUAGUCGGCUAAUGCCAGAUCACUUAAUCGAGGGUGGUCUUUACUAUUUAGACUUAUUACUAAUUAUACACUAAUUAUACAUAUGUCAUGUAUUGUCAUGUAUUGAUUGACGUUUUAACCACGUUACUAAAAGUCAGCUUGUAAUUCCGUCCCGUCAUUUUUCAGCUCCGGCCUCUGGUAAUGAUGUCAAACCUCGUACAUUUUAAAUAUUUCAUCCAUAUGAGUGUUACAUAUUUGUAAUGUCUUCGUGUCACUUGUAUUAAUCCAAAUGAUAAGAUUGUAUUUGAUAUACAGUUUUGCACCGUAGUGUUGUUUUACUGAAAUGCACUGAUUUGUGAUAAACCACACACAAGAAAUAAGGUCCUGCAUAUACUGAGAAAAGAAACCAAAACUGGAAGUGAGGGAAAUAACUGGAAGUGUGUUAUUAAGCAUCAGCACAUACUUUAUUAAAAAUUACUGUAGAUGUCUAA